AUGACUACAGAAGAGUUUUUCAGACAAAUGUUCUUUCUUGCAGUGUGUGAAUACCUGAGUGAAAACUUAAGAGGACGUUGGGCAGACCUGGGACGCUCUCUUGGCUUGGCUAGUUUUGUCAGUGAAUUGUUUCGUGAACCUGCCACACGACAAAAAGAUAAAAUAUAUCAGAUUUUAGAAGAAUAUAGAAGGCAGGUGGAAGGUGACCCAGUCACAGGUCUUUUGCAGGCUCUAGAGAGCUGUGGCCUUAAUCGCCAGCGCAGUCAUAUACUUGAGGAAAUUCUUACUUAGUUACUGGUAAGAUAUUAGGAACUUGUAAUUUGAAUAAAAAAAUGUUGUAUCUGUAGGAAUACCUUGUGGUGGUGGCAAUUUUAAUGUCUCUGUAACAGUUUCUUUACAAUAAUGUGAAAUUUCCUCCACAUUUUGACUUUGAACUUAGUGAUUGUGUUAUAUCCACUAAAAUAAAUGCUAAAACCUUGUGUGCUCAUGAAAGGAAUAUUUUUAUUGAAAUUGGGGGUGUAUCUACCCUGGUUGCCUUUUAUUUUAUUGCUAUACUGUUUCUAUCUUGUACAACUUUUUCUGUGAAAAAUCCUUUCUUAUUCCUCCUGAAGGCGAGACUUAAAUUUGUAUAGCCAUUACUGACCCCAUUGAUGCUUUGGGGCACAUCUGGGGUUUCCCAUGCUAAAGUGAA